AUGGGGGAGAAUCCACAAAUAUUACUUUUUGGAUAUCCUUUAAAUGGUCCCAAUGAUCAUAUUUUAAUUGACAGAAUUAAAGAAGUUUUACAGCAUAAGAAUACAAAAGGUAUUGAUGCAGCAAAAUUUUUAAAUGAAUAUACGAUUAAUAGUAUCAAACAAUUUAUUGUUGGUCCUAAUUAUUUAGGAUUUCUUUUUAAGGAUGGAAAUGUUGGUAGAAUACCUUAUGGUAUUGAAAAAGUAAAGAUAGAAAAUAAAAAUAAAAAAGAUAAUGAUGCGGAUGGUGGGAAUUUGCAGAUUUCUUCAGGAAAUGGAUCAUCUAGUAAUACAGGUGGGAGUAACAACCCUAUGUCAUUCAAUUCAGAUACUGCUAAUUCGAGAAAUGCUAGACUGCGGCGUGUAAUGAUGUCAGCAAGAAGAGGAGGUGGUCGUGGUAUUUUUAUUGAACGAACAAGACCUAUGCUUCCAGCUUCUGCUAUUCCUGAAGAAAUGAUUGCUCAAGCUCAAGUUGUUUUACAAGGAAAAUCUAGAGAAGUUAUUAUUAGAGAAUUACAACGAACAAAUCUUAAUGUAAAUGAAGCAGUAAAUAAUUUAUUAUCUAGAGAUGAAGACGAAGAUUUUGAUGAAAUGGCUGAUGCGUAUCUUCCUGAAGAAUUGUUAUCUCUUAUUGACGCUGGAUUUCCUGAAGUACAUGCAGCUUUAGAGGGUGAUGGUUUGAGCGAAAAUGCUUUGGAUUAUUUUAUGGGUGCUACUUUUAAUAGGCGUCGUAUUGAAAGAGUUGAAAGGAAAGAUAAUAGAGAUUCAGCAACCCCGGAAGUUACACAAGAUACAUUUACUAUUAAAUCAAAUCUCUCUUUUUGGUGUGGUGAAGUAGGUAAAUUUCCUAAGGGAGUUAAAAAAUUUUUAAAAAUUGUUAGCCUUCAAACACAUAUGAUUGCCUUAGGUGACAACGGGAUGAUGUACAAUUGGAACUGGAAAGAAAAUACAAUCGGUGAUUUAGAACCUUCUUUAAUUGGAGAAAAAAUUAGAAAAGAUGCUAAAGAAAAUGCUAUAAUUGUUGAUAUUGAAUCAUGUGCAUGGACAUGUGUUGUUUGUCUUAGUAAUAACAAAGUGGCAUCUUAUAUUGAUGAAGAAUAUAGUGGUAAACGUUUAUCUGAUAAAUUGUAUAUUCCUCCUUUAUCUUUACCUGAUGGAGAAACAGUUAUAAGUAUGCGAUGUUCACCUUUAUUUUCUGUUAUUCAAACAACUAAUGGAUUAUAUUGGUUUGGACUUGUACCAUUUCAAGAUCGUCGAAAGUUAUAUGAAAAGAACAAAAGUAGAACAAGUAAAUGUUCAGAUGAUUCUAACAAAGAUGAAAUUAAUGUUGGAAGUGAAAUUGUUCUUAAGACAUCUCCCUUAUAUGCAGCAGGUUCAAUAGGAAUAAACUUUUCUUCUGGUUCACCUCAAGUUGGUAUUUUACAGGAAGCUGCAUGGACUUUAACAGAACAUUGUCGUUUUAAGAUUGUACCAUUUCAAGAUUAUGAUAAGUAUAGUGAUGAAGAGUUAUCUAAAGAGAUCACCGGAUCUAUUGACCUUUCGAUUCGAAAACGUGCUGCUCCUUCAGAUGAAACAGUUUCUUCCGGAAAUCAACCUUCUAUAGGAUCUACAUAUAAAGAAAUGGCCUGGUCAAUUGAUGAAACUGUAUUUUUAAAAGAAGAAGCUACUAAAAUUACAGCUGUUGUUCAUAUCGUUGAUGAAGGACUUAUUGGUGUAGUUUUUAAUCAUUCAGAUAAUGGUGGAAAUAAAAAUCCUAAAAUGCGUUUGUUAAAGAAAGAUGAUGUUGUUCUUUACAAUCCUGAAUCUAAUACAAGAUCACCACAAGCUUUUCAAAGGCAAUUAACAAAAAUUCCAUUGUCAUCAUCAUAUCAAAAAAAGCUUCAAACAUUUAUGUGUGAUUCUCAGAACAUAAGAAUGCUUAUAGAAAAACGAGGAAAAGUUAAUUUAAUAAGACUUUCUGUUUUUGGAAAGGUACUUUCUGAACAUAUUUUACCUAUUUGUAGUGAAGCAUUAUCGGCAGGAUCUAAUAAACAAACAUCAUUGUUGAAUUAUGGUGAAGAAGGAUGGGUUACAUUAACAGAUAGUCAGGGUCAACUUGUUCCACUUGUAAGAAAUUAUGCAAAUGGUUUUAAGGAACCUGUAUUUUUACCAUUUUCUACAGGAACGAUAACAUCUGUUGGUUGCAAAUAUGAUGUUGAUAAAACUUACUCAACAAGAGUCAUUCAUUCAAUUCCAGAAGUUAUGAAAGAUUCAAAAUGGACAGAAAAAAGUUCUGGUGGUACGCGUAUGGGAGUUAUUGCAAUUAUUAUGUCUAGUUCACCAGACCAGACGCAACCUUCUGUUGAACCUCUUAUGGAUUCAAUUCUUUGUUGUAAUCUUGAAAGUGUUAAAAAAUCUCUUGAUGACUUAAAUAAUUGUAAUGAUGAUAAUAUUAUUAGAAAUGAAAUUCUUAAGUCUAGAACUGGUGGAAAUAAAAAUAUCUUUCAUGCUGCUGUAAUGGGAGCUUUUGCUUUAUCAAACAAAGAUCAAAUGGAUAAAGAUGUUACUGAUCUUCCAUCAGCUAUGGCUUCCAUUGUUGAUAAAUCUAAAAAACAAGAUGAUGAUUCUAUGGAUGUAGACGAUGGUCCUAUUAAAGGAUUAAAUAAAACUGUAUCAUGUGUUAGACAAAGACAGUCAAAUUCAAUUGAGAUUGUUAAAUUACUUUGUAAUGAUUCUAAUGUUGAAAAAUAUUUAUCUGAGUUAUUUUCAAUGAAAGAUAUUAGCGGUAUGACUCCAUUUAUGUCGGCAAUUCAUCAUAAGGCUUAUUCAGCAGCUUUAACAAUUUGGGAAACUAUUGAAAAAAGUUUUCAUAAAAAUAGUAAAAAUUCUUUUAUGCCUUAUAUAUUUCCAGCUGGUUCUAAACCAGAUGAUAACCCUAUGUUUAUACUUGCCUACAAUGACGUUUGUUCUUUUACAUGGACGGGUGAGAAUCAUAUCCAUCAAGAUAUAUAUGAAUGUAAAACAUGUGGACUUACUAAUUCAUUGUGUUGUUGUACAGAGUGUGCAUAUACGUGUCAUAGAAAUCAUGACUGUAAAAUUAAACGAACAUCUCCAACUGCUUAUUGUGAUUGUUGGCAAAAAAUAAAAUGUACAUCACUUGUAGGUGGAAAUCAAGCCAAACGAAAAACACUUUUUAAAGAUCUUCUUAAAAAAACAAAUCUUGUUAAUUAUGUAAAUGGAAAAAAUGAACAUAUACUUGUGUUUUUGGCAAAGACAAUUGGAAGACAACAAGAGGAACAAGAUUUUAAUAGUCCAAUGACUAAUAGAAGACAGAAUAAUGCUGGUGGUGGUGAUAAAUCUUCAACACCUGAUAGCAAUUCUGAACCACCAAAAUUUGCUAAACAAGCUAUGGCAAUGUGUCUUCGUGAUUUUAAUGCCAUAAAAUCUCUUUUAACACUAGAAAUUAUUAAAUGUCCAGCUGAUUUACCUAUUUCUGAUGAAACAUUUUUCCUUACUUCACAAUCAGGUUGUAACCAAUUGGAUCGUUUUAUGUUUGCUUUGUUAGCUAAAUGUCCAGAAUCUCAUCUUGAUGAUUUAAUUACAACAUUAAUAUACCAACAUAAUAAUACAAAAACAAAAGAUAAUGAUAUUGAAGAUCUUGUUCAUAGAUUAAUAAGAUCAGCAGUAAGAAUUUUAACAUUAUUAUGUGUUUUAUCACCACAAGCUGUUACUUUAUGUGUUACUGCAAAUUCUACAAAUAAUUUGACAACCAUGACAAGCAGCAUUGCUGCCAUAACAACAGACAAAAGUGAUAGACGUGGAGGACCUUUUCAGGCUAUUGCAAUUUCAGGAAUGCUUUCUUUUGUUCAUUCACAGUCAUUAAGAACUAAUAGUCAAACCAAAAAAGAUAGACCUCGUCUUAUGAUGUCGAAUGUAAUAUUAAAAUGUAGAAGAAUGUUCCAAGCUUUGUUACCGCAAUCAAUUUAUGAAAUAAUUAAAGCUGCAGAAGCACUUGUUUUACCACUUAAAAAUGGAUUAGUAAAAAAGAAUCUUAUUUUUUCUUCAUCAUCAAAUGAUGCAAUUGAAAAUAUUGAAAAAUACUUAGAUAAUGAAAUAACUUUUGCACAAACUUUUUUAAAUGAAGAAUCACAAUUUUCUAUUGGUCACAGAAAACGCCUUAUCAGUAGAAGAGAUGGUGGAGAAGAAGCUCCAACCCCAUUAAAUGAAAAUGGUUCACAGGAUAAUAUUAGUUCUGAUGAUGAAGAAAGUUGGUCUGAUGAAGAAAUUGAUAAUGGUGAUAGAAAUGUUAAUGAAGGUGUGAUGUCAGAUGAUGGUGAUGCUAAUAACGAUGAAGGAAGAUCUUUUGAUAGUACAGGAGAAUUAAGUUCACAUGGUUCAGAUGACGAUGAUGAUGACGACGAGGAAGAAGAUGAUGAUGGAGACAAUGAAGUUGGUGAUGUCAUCGAAUUUAAUAUGAAUGAUCCUCUAAAUGAAACUGUUGAUGUAGAGUUAGAUGAAGAGGAAGAGUCAGAAAAUAAUGCUGAAGAUGAAAGUGAGGAAGAAGCUGAGGAUGAUGAAGAAACGAUGGUUGAUUCAGAACAAGUUAAUUUCGAUGAACAUAUGGAAAGAGACAAUUAUGGUGAUGACGAAACUAAUGAAGCUCCUGAUUCUGUUAAUGACAAUAAUGAACAAUCUGCUAUGGAAAUAGAUAGUAAUCCACCAGCAAUCAGCAAUUUAAUUGUACAUAGUUCAUCAACUAAUGAUACUAAUGCAAGAAAUAGUAGUAGUAAUAUACAAACCAAUGGAGAUUCUAAUACUGCCUCUUCUUCAAAUAGAGAUCCAAGACGAAGAACUGGUCAAACUGCUGCCACUUCUGAUACCCCUGCUGAAGGAGGAAAUGGAAACAAUGAAGCAAAUUCUAAUAAUAGUACACUUUCUAGAACUUUACGUUUUACUGAUAAUAAUCUAACAUCUGGAGAGUCUCAUAAAGUUUCAUACAAAGCAGAGAAUCAACUUUCUGUUGCUUUUGCUGCACUUAUAAAAAUUGUUAAUAAUCUUAUGGUCUUACUAAAAAACUAUAAUACUUUUAGUUCUGUAGAACAUAAAGGUAUUCCUGUAAUGCAAAUUUUAAGUAAGGAUCAAUUACUUGAAUCAUAUAAUUUUAUUGAAACUCGUCUUAAUCCAAUAUGGAUAUGGUUAGAUUCUAUUAUGGAUUACUUUGAGGCAAAAAUUCGUUAUUCAAAUGCUGUGUUAAAUCAUCCAAUUGGUAGUAGUGCUUAUGGAAGUCACUUUAUUGAUAAUGACAGAACUGGAUCUGUUAAGACAUUAAAACUUGAAAGACGAAAUGCUAUUAGAAAUAAAAAUAGAAAAGUGAUUUCACCAAAAGAUGAUUCAGAAGUUGUUUCACCAAGAAAAGAAUUUAUGCAAUAUCUUUUAUCAAUUUUACGCUCAUCUUCAAAUGAGAAUGGUGAUAAUUUUAAUCCAACAGAUGAACAAUCAAUGUUACCUUACGCUUUUAUUGCUGAAGGAUACCUUUCAUUUGGGCAAGCUGUUGAAAAUCUUCUUAGUGAAAAAGUAAAGAAAGAUCAAAUUGAUUUAGAUACAUCAGAAAGUGAUAAUAAGAUAAAGGAAUUUUUCCAAAGAAGUUCAGAAUUUCUUUAUCCAGGUGCAUGUCUUACUGCUCCAUUUCAUUCAAUGAAAUAUGAUGCAAAAGAUGCAAUGCCUCUUGCAGUUAACCCCGCUUUACUUACUCCAGAAUCUGAUAAAUCUUCUUUAUACGGUUUACCCACUUCUGAGAGAACAUGUAUUGAUUAUAUAAAUCUUUAUACUGAUAUUGGCAUACAGAAACCUACUCAUCAGUCAAUUGUUGGAUUCAUUAAUAGAUCACCAAAGAAAAAUAAACAAUCAUCUUCAUUAGAUCAAAUGUUAGAUACAACUAAGUAUAUUAAGACUAACAAUCGGUCUACAUCAGGGCCAACAACAAGACAAUCAUUAAAGAAACAAAAAACUAAGAAUAUAGGAGUAUCUAAAUCAACCUUUAGUUAUGUUGAUUUAUUAACAGAAAAUAAUUUAUCUCAAGAAAAUAUGCUUCAAGUUAAACUUACAAGAUGGGCAUCAUCUUUACAAUUAAUGGCUAGGAAAUUUAAUGAUGAUUUUUCUCCAUUCUUUGGAAGUGAACAUUCAUACUCUGUAUUAAUAAAUGAACUUUCAACAUUUUAUGUACGUGAAAGGGAAUUUAAGAAAAAAAUGGAAAAAACUACUAAUAUUCAAACAAAAGACUUAACAUUUAAUGUUCAUAGAGAUCCUCAUGUUCUUAUUUAUCAAACAUUUAAUCAACUUAACCAACAAUAUGCCAAAAGGACCGGGUUUGCAGCUCUUCAAAAAUAUAACCCAAGUUACAAUACUACUGCUAGUGUUGCUUUAACAACACAACAAGUAGCAAUAUCACUUGAUACAAAUGCUAUUUGUAAAGUUAGAGAUGAAAGUGGUGGUGCUUCAUCUGUUGGAACAUCACAUAAAAAUGGAUCAUUAGCUUGUAAAUCUGUUAAAGUUACUUUCCAUAAUGAACCUGGUGAAGGAAGUGGUGUAGCUAGGAGUUUUUAUACAGCUCUUGGUGAAGCUUUUACAACUAUGAAAUUUUUACCAAUGAAAGGUAUGACUGGUAUGAUAGAUGCACAAGAUAAAAAAGAUAAAUCAUCAGGAUCAAAUAAUGAAUCUAAUAGCCGUAGACGUUCUGCAAAUAGAAGUGGAAAUCUUGGAUUAAAUAGAAGAAAUAGAAUUCCAUUUAAUCUUCCAAUUGUAUGUCAUCCAUUUUAUCCUCUUGAAGAAAGAAAUAGAAAUGAUAAUGAUAGUCAACCAUUAAAUGAUUUUAUUUUUGAUGAUACAAUAAAUGGAAAUGGUAUAAGAUUACUACCUAAAGUUCGUGAAAUAUCGUCUGAAUUGGCUAACAAAAUUACUGGAAUGAUAUUAACUUUACCAACUAGUUCUGUUAUGGUUUUAUUAGAUAAUGAAGAUUUGUUAAGACAACAAGUAAUUGAUUGUGUUAAUCUUCUUACAUCAUCUGGAGUUGGUAAUAAUGAUUAUGGUCCACCAGAAAGUGCACCAGCGCAAAAUAUAUCUCAACCUGAACCAGAAACAAAAGCACCAACAUCACCUGUAAAGAAAAAUUCUACUACUGAAGUGUUUGAUUAUGAAAGUUCAGAUAUUAAACCACUAUUUUAUAAAGCAUCUAAGAAUGGUAAUUAUACUGUUAACCCUGGUUUGAAUAGUCCUGGAAGACUAAAUGCUUUCCGUAAUGUUGGGCGUCUUAUAGGAAUUUGUUUACAACAAGGAGAAAUUCUUCCUAUAUUAUUUUCUCGUCACAUCUUCAAGUACAUAUUAGAUAAACCAAUUAAUUGGUAUGAUUUCGCUUUUUAUGAUCCAGCAAUGUUUAAUUCUUUGAGAUCUCUUGCUUAUGAUAAUAACGAACACUGUGGAUUUAGUGAUAGUUACUUUAACGAUUUAGACAUGUCUUUUGUCAUUGAUUUACCACCAGAAGAAGGAGGAUCAACAAUUCAACUUAAAGAAGGUGGAAUGGAUGCUGUUGUUACUAGAGAAAACGUUGCUGAAUAUAUUUACCUUUAUGUAAAUGCAAGAUUACUGGGAAAACAUAUAUUCGCUCUUGAAGCAAUAAAACAAGGUGUUUACGAUGUGUUGCCAAGAAAUGCUCUUAACAAUUUUAAUCCAGAAGAUCUCCGAUUAAUGCUUUGUGGAACUUACGAAAUAAAUAUGACAUUAAUGCAAUCUUCAACAUCAUUCUUGAAUGAAAGUACUGCUGCUCAAGACGAUUUAGAUUCAUUUAAGGAAAUGUUUUGGUCUGUCGUUAUGAAAUUGUCUCGAGAAGAAAUGCAGGAUCUUCUUUUCUUCUGGACAGGUACACCUACACUCCCAUCAAAAAAAGAAGGCUUUCAACCAGCACCUACAGUUAUGAUUAGACCACCAGAAAAUAGUCGUCUUCCUACGGCUAAUACGUGCAUUUCUCGUUUAUACAUGCCAUUAUAUUCUAAUAAGAAAAUAUUAAAGCAACGUCUUUGUCUUGCAAUCAAAGCGAAGAAUUUUGGUUUUGUUUAA